UUGAGCGUGACGUUGUUAUUUCUUGGUGUGACACGCGUGUGAACAUUUCAACAUACUCAAGUUUAGUUAAAUAACUAUGCUGAAACACAUGAGAAUAUUAAACUAGGGUAAUAGGUAGUGAAMGAUUAUCUAAGAUAAUUUUCAAGAUCCAUGACAGUUUCUAAAAAUUCAUCAGAAAACUGAUAUAUUUUUUGGAUUUAAUGCUACUGGCACAUUUUUGGUUUUUGCAAUGAAUUGUAGUUAAUAAUUUCCUCGAUACUAUGAAUGAAUACUGUUUCAGUUCUGAUGUUGACGAAAUGGUCCCAUAUAUAYGAUAUUCACGAACUAUUCCCAGCUAUUUAGUAAUUUCCAUCCAUUCACUGAUGUCUCMACAAUAUUGUUUGCGACUCUGUUAUAGUGUCCUUGUAAGGGGCUAAAUUGCGUAUAAAGGUCUGGGUUUGACAGCUUGGAAAAAUUGUCAAAGAAAUGUACAAUGUUUGUACGUAUAGUUGYAUCGUGUAAGGUUUAUCAUUGUGUUUGUAAGAUUGAUUCGCUGGUGACGAUUCGCAGCAYAUUUUGCAAAGUAAACUAGAUGAAACAAUCGAAUWAAUUAUCAUAGAAGCAAACUCUUUCCAUUYAURAAAGCAUUCAAACACAUUAAUAGCCAAUCCAUGAGAUAAAACAAKCGAUUCUGAUUUAUGAAGCUUGUAUGGCCAUCCAAGUUUGAAAUCCUUCUCGUGAUAAAUAGCUCAUACACUGUCACAAAUGCGUUCAACUGGAAAGGACGCCAUAAAAGGAAUAGAUGCAGCCUAACAAUUAUUCCACUUAUAAAUAUAGUUCACCAAGCACUUAGAAGUAUAUAAAUAUCGGCAACAGACUAUUUGUAUUCCAAUACUCACGAACCACUUGUGUAUACAGUAAGCUUGUGAGCAUAGCUAUAUAUUGGAGCAAAACCUUUGUGAUACAUUUGUAUAAAUACAGGCAGUGAUCAAGUGUUCUAKAACCAGUGAUCAUGGCGUUGAACGUGUCAGCCUUCACACCUGUAAGGCAUAAUUCUUUUUCGUCUGAUGAUUCCGAUGGRAAGACCACGAUUCACUUCCCCGAGACGCCGUACAGUUCUCCAUAUGUUCCUUGGUGGAGUGCUGAYUCCUCCACAGUGAAGACGCCUUUGUGGUCUUGGUGGGGGCUUCAAAGUCACAGAUUCUCCAAUCAUUACAGAUUUCCACUCUACAGCGGYGCRUCAGACGAUGAAAAACCAAGCCAGUCUUACAUCGGGCUCAUAGCAGAAGCCAUUCUAAGCUCACCAGAGGAGAAGCUCAUCCUUAGUGAUAUUUAUGGGUUUAUCCUCACUAGUUACCCGUAUUUCAGAAACAAGGGCACUGGAUGGAGRAAUAGCAUCAGACAUAAUCUAUCACUGAAUGACUGCUUCAUUAARUCUGGGAGAAGUCAGAACGGUAAAGGACAUUUCUGGGCCAUCAGUCCGCUGUUCAUUGAUGACUUCAGGCGCGGCGACUUUAGACGWAAAAGAACAUACAGACGACCUAGCAGAGGAAAAAAGGCGCGAGCAAAACUUGAAGCUAUGAAAAGAAAAGCGGUCUUAGAUCUUAACGARCCUGAGGAAAACGAAAKAGAAAUCCACAAAGAUCAAAUCAUGCCACGRCAUCGUGCACAGAAAGAACUAUGUAAGCACCUGGAUGAUGACMGAAAACUAAAGAUUGAUCCAGACAUCACUAAAGUAGAAGAGAAAGAAGAAGAAUUCACGGAACCAGAACAACUCUAUGGAGACCUGAUAAACCACAAGACAGACGAGAGAGUUGUACCUUCCUCACCAGAAUGGAGACCAGAGAACCAGGAGAUUGAUGUGUGUACACCAGAUAACGAUCCCACAGCGGCAUCGCCCAAACUCGUCGAAGAACAAAAGAUGAAUGAAACGAAGAUGGAAAGUAUGAGAACACGCAGAACCAAAGCCUUUGACAUGGAAGCAUUGCUUGCUACAGACAGAUCUCGAGAACUAGGGAUCUUACGGGAGAUGUAUCCUAUGUACUAUAACAUAAUGAGCCUUGGAAUGAGAAGCCUUGAACCGAUGGAUGUCUAUGGUCCAACCCAUCCGUACUGUGGAUGCUCUAUGCUUGGAUCAUUUCCAUCGCAUCAUGGGGAACUACGGCGACCAAUGCCUACUAUAGCAUGUUAUGGUACAGUACCAAGACACGACGAGUGCAUAAAAGAGUACAUGGAAUAAAAAUGAAAAACUCAAAAAAGUGUACGCGAAUUACAUGUGAAAAUUGUCUGAAGACUGAAAGACUUGGGACGAGAUUUAAGAACAUGGAACUAACAGAUUUUAAUCUUAAAAGAAGAUUUUAUAAAGAAAAAAAUGACAUUAUCAAAGAAAACAKAACCUUCAAGAGUUCUUAGAAUAAGAAUCGUUCAGAAUUAUUGUAGAAACACAUAAAAACUUUAAAUUGACAUUUUAUUGUAAAAGUUCAUAGAAAUUCACGUAAUUGGAAUGAAAUAAGGAAGCAUUAACUAUGAAUUAACUAUAUCUAAAGUCAUCUGACAAAAAUACUCGGUACGUUUAUAAUUCUAAUCUUCGAUAUCAUAUUACAAUGAAAAUAUUUUGCUAAUUCUAAAUUGUAGUCAUUCUGCAUGUUAUUGUUAGGGGUUGAAAUAUUCAAACCCUGUAUUUAAAAAGACAAAUUAUGUGAACAUCAGCAUCAUAAUCACUGUCGUUUUUGUAAUUUUUUCAUUGUAUCGUCAAAAUAUCAGUUAGAAAUUGUAGUUUUUCCAUUAAAGAUCUUUGCCCAAAAUAUGGACAAGUGAUAUUUAUUCCAGGACCAUUGUAAAAUAGCUGAUUUUUUUCUAUUUGUACCUAUGUAACUAUUAAUAAAUAUUUUAAUU